AUGGCUCAGCCACUAGUUCUGGUUUUGCUCAAGAAGUUGCUGGAUAUUUGUAAACGAUGUGCUAAUCGUGCUCUGCCACUUCUGCUUAGACUGUUUUCUGUGAAUUGCGCAAAGAAGAAUGAUGUUGAGUUCACUGGAAUCGGUGACUUCGAAAUAACCGAACAUGACAGCGGCGGCGACAACCAAGGUAUCACAUUUUCGACACCCGAUGAUCGGUCCGUAAUCGUUGCGUGCUCUUCUAUUCCUUCAAAGGCUACUGCAUCACCUUCAGUGCAUGCACAUCAUGCCACAUCCAUAGACUCGGUUACCUCGUUCCCUAGGUCAACAACUAGUACACUCCUCGACCCACCUAGAUUUAUGUCUGAAUGUGAUGUGGAGGCUUAUUUCUCUCCGUCGUUGGGAGCGAUUAAAGAAAACUCGUACAUGGAAGGUUCUAUUACGGAUGUUCCUUUAUGUGCAGAACCUGCUGGACUUAGUGCUUCACCAGGCCGUUCACGGUCAAAGCCCCUGAAGACUAUUCUGCCAUCAGAUAGACCACGCUACAAUCGAAACAUUACCAUAGAGAGUAAUCAGGGACCUUGGGCAUUCGAACCUCUAGCAACCUUUGACGUGUAUAGGAACCAGGACGUUGGAUCUUGGGAACGUUACAUCCACCCAGAGGGUCCACCGUACUAUCUGUUAAAACAGAGUGGCGAAAACAAUUUUUCCUUUUUGACGGAAGCAAAUCUACAGAAAACUUCUGUUCUUAGAGAGAUUAAGGAUUUCGUGCACAAAAUCGAGACGCAUGCGAAAGAAUUUUCUGAUAGGCACAAAGACAUUUUAAACAAUGUUGAGGUCGUUCUCGAAGUUGGAGAGGAUGACUGGAGCUACUACAUGAUUCACUUGGAACGACGCUGCCUCUUCUGGCUCCACACGCAUGAUGUGAGCCAUAUAUUGGGAGACGAUUUUGGCGUUGAAUCACUGGAUCACUUUCAUUAUCAGCUCGAUUUUGAGUUUUGGCAGCACAUUGAAUAUUUUCCUAACCACCGCGAGCUUUAUCCAGACAUUUUCAAUGAAGUGAUGGGAAUACUCAAUUACUGGAGAAUUGAUGUCAAGUCUUCUGCCGACUCUGCCGCCCCAUACGAUGCCAGCGAUCUUGACACGCUUGUAAAAUCAGUGAAGCAUCUACACACUGUCUACGAUUCUGGUAAUUGCGCUUAUGCAGUUGCCAGUGUUGCACGCAUAAUGGGUCUCACUUCAAACGAGCGGCAGCUGAACUUUUACGGCUUCGAUGGCGCUCGCAUGUCAGUAUUGCAGAGUGUGCGAGGAAACAAUCCAAAGAAGCGCUCGACACUUAUCAAGUGUCUAUCUCCUUUGCUGUUUUAUGCUCCAGAGACCCAUCUUUCUGGGCUUGAAAGGUUAUGGGUGGAUGGCCAGAUAUUGAUGACCGAUUUUGAUGUCGCUGGGCCCGUCCACCUUUCUCGCUUCGAUACUUUGGAUUAUCUGUCGCAGGACAAGCUCGAGAGGGACUGGGAAUCGUUUGUGCUUACGUCGACAGUACUGCUGAAUGCAAAUGUUGCACUACUCAGUACACCGAUUAUUUUAUCGGAUAAUGGAGAUGCGGGCCUGUGGGCAUCACCCGCUGCCAUUGCGAGUCAAGUCUCUAUAGUUGCUAGUAUUGCAAGCAUUGUCAUUGGCCUUCUCCUUGUGCGGCAAAUUCGAAUCAGCGGCAAGGACAUUGAAAUUACAGCAUCAGACACUGUUGGUUACCUUAGUAGAAGAAAACACAAACAGCUCGGACUGGAGACAAUAGCAAUCCAAUAUAGUUUGCCUUAUGCUCUGCUUAUUGUGAUUACUUUCUUGACUUCGAUCGCCAUUGCUUGCUUCUUCAGAAUUAACGGUACACCAGGCAUAACCGCGCAAAUGAUUUAUGCCGUAUCGUGGCUCUUUGCUAUUCCUCUCAUUUUUUGGACAGUACUGACCGGCUGGGAAACAAACAACCAAGCACAUUGGUCCCAGUUGUUCUCAGCUAGCUGGUGGGGGUAUGCUAUCUCCGAGCACUGGCCUCGGCACAUAAGGCGGAAACCGAGAGACACUGAGGCCAGCCAGGAAGCAGGGGUGGUAGAAACCGCGAUUGAAAGUAGCGUGGAGCAACUGGUAACAUCGGUGGGACCGAACACAUCCAGAAGUCGAGAUUGGGGUGUACGAGUGAAGAUCUUUGGACCAAUUCGACGACCAACACGUUUUUGA